UUUAUCAUUUGCUGGCUGUAUUAAUUUUAACUUUCAAAACUUUUAUUUCAAUAAUUUCACAUUAUGGAUCUCUCAGGCUCUUUGCCUCCAUCUUCCCUCUACGUCUUCCCCAACUUCUCUGUGCCCUCCUCCUCUCCCUCCACCUCUCCAUCACCCAGCCUGGCCUCCACAGCUCUCUUCUGCUCCCUUCUUUCCCUCCUCUCCUUGCUGGGCAUCACAGGAAACCUGUACACCCUGGGCCUCCUCCUAAGGCGCAGGGGAGGUAGGAGAAGACGUGGAGCAGGACCAAACUGCUGCCUAAUGAGAGUACCAGUACCAUCCUGCCUUGCCAACUCCUCCUCCCCUUCUUCCUCACCUAUCUCCUCUUCCUCCUCCUCGUCCUCUCUUCACCUCCAGGUGCUGAGCCUUGCUCUUGCCGAUCUGCUCUACCUUUUCACUGCUCCGUUCAUCGUGUAUGACAGCCUGGCGUCCGGUUGGGCCUUUGGUGAGCUGGGCUGCCGCCUACUCCUGAGCCUCGACCUUCUCACCAUGCACGCUUCCAUCUUCACUCUCACUGCCAUGAGUCUCGACCGCUACCGGGCUGUUGCUCGUCCUCUGCACACAUCCUCCUCCAACUCCUCUGGCCUGCUACGUGUAGGUUUGGCCUGGGGACUGGCUGUGGCCCUUAGUCUGCCCAUGAUGAUCACGCUUCACCUGGAGGAUGGGGAAAACCAGGAGGGCCAGCUGUGUGUUCCAGCGUGGGAUGAGCAGAGCUCCAAGGCCUAUCUGAGCGUGCUCUUUUGCACCAGCAUUCUUGGUCCUGGGUUGGCCAUUGGAGCACUUUAUGCUACGCUAGGUCGGCUUUAUUGGGUGUCUCAGACAAGGCCUGUCUGGGCCAGCGGAAGCAGCACUGCUUGUACUCCCCGAGCCCCUAAACCCAAAGUCCUGCUCCUCAUCCUGGGUAUUGUCCUGGCCUUCUGGGCCUGCUUCCUCCCUUUCUGGAUCUGGCAGCUGCUGCCUCUGUACCAGCCCGACAUGUUGCGGACAGUGCCAGUAGGGACUCAGGUGACAGUGAAUCGUAUCCUCACAGGGCUGACCUAUGGAAACUCCUGCGUAAAUCCUUUCUUCUACACGCUAUUGACUGGAAAACGAAGACGAAACCGGCAAACGCUGACAUCAGCAAAUCAGCUCUGCCGUAAGAGCAGUCCAAUGCAGUAGAGAGAGAGUGUGUGUGUGUGUGUGUGUGUGUGUGUCUCCCUGGGAGUUAAGACAAUAAGUAAGUCAGUGUGCACACAUGUGUGUGAAAAGAUGCUUUAUGAGUUCCAUGACAGACACCAAAGAUCACUGAUUUAUCCUUAGCCUGCUAACUGAGGAUACAGAACAAUACUAAGCAAAUGACAGCACUUUGUACAAAUGCUAUGUGAAAGAAAAAUAUUUCCUAUGAGGAGACGAUCCAAAAAGACAAUCUCUGUAAUACAAGUCAUCUAAUUUACACAAUCUGCCAAUAUAUCAAAUAAUACGUCUUUAAUUGCUGUAGUAACCAAGUUCACAUAUUGACAAUAGCUG